CUUAGAGCCUAAGAAGUAAGAACUGUUGUCCUUGAAGAAGAAAAAGAUCAUCUAGAGAGAGGGGGCAAAUAUAAUACUCAAAGAUUCAAUAUAUAGAAACUACAAUAGAUAGGCUUUUAUGGCAAAAAGAUCCAAUCUUGGUACAUAUAUACAAUAGUAUUUUAUAUAUAAAGUAUCUAUAUAUAGAUCAUAUAGCUAGGUGAAAAAUGGGAAGAGGGAAAGUGGAACUGAAGAGGAUUGAGAACAAGAUAAACAGGCAGGUGACUUUUGCAAAGAGAAGGAAUGGAUUGCUAAAGAAGGCCUAUGAGCUGUCUAUCCUUUGUGAUGCUGAAGUUGCACUUAUCAUCUUCUCCAAUAGGGGAAAGCUCUAUGAAUUUUGCAGUAGCUCAAGUAUGCCUAAGACUCUUGAGAGGUACCAUAGAUGCAGCUAUGGUGCACUUGAAGCUAACCAAACAUCCAAGGAGUCACAGAGCAAUUUCCAAGAGUAUUUGAAGCUAAAAGCUGGUGCUGAAGUCCUGCAAGAAUCUCAAAGGCACUUGCUGGGAGAAGACUUGGCACAACUUAGCAUUGGGGAUUUGGAGCAACUUGAAAACCAGUUGGACACUUCGUUAAAAAGAAUAAGGUCAACCCGGACAAAACACAUGUUCGAUGAAUUGUCUAACCUUCGGCAAAGGGAACAAAGUCUUCUCGAAGUCAAUAAAGCCUUAAGGAUAAAGCUUGGAGAAACCAAUGGUGCGUUUGUAACACCAUGGGAAACCGAAAUGGAAAACACGCAAUACACAAACCCCGACGAUCCUUCUCAGCCGGAUGGGUUCUUUCAGCCUCUCCAACUCCACAACACAUCACAAAUUGGGUACAACUCGGCAGUGGUGGAAGCGGAUAAUCAAGCCGGCCCGUCAACAGUACUGAAUACAUCUGGAGUUCUUCCUGGAUGGAUGCUCUAAUUUCGGACUCGGUAAAAGAGAGAUGAUCAUUAUUAUAUACAUUUUGUUGUUACAUACGGAAUAUAUGUAUUUACAAAAAUACAGUCCCUAAUCAUAUUGUGUGUUUUUUUGUUUUCAUCAUAUGAUAUCACAAGGGCGGACUAGACUAGAGUGAUAGUGAACUCACGUCUUGAACAAAUUACUUAAUACUCCCUCUAUCCCA